UCCUUGUGUUGUUAACAACACGCCGUUCAAUAGAGGAGUCUGCGUGUACCUUUGGCCGAAAAAUGACCAAAUAUAAUAUACAGUUAAUAUUAAAAAAAAAAAAACGAGUACGAGUUUUGUAUAUUAAGGAGUGUGUUGUGGCGUCUUGUACCUUUGGAACAUGCUCUUCUGAAGCUCCACAACGCAUGACCUCGUCUCACUUGGGGACAAUAAAAAACAAAGACGACGUACUGUACACAUCAUAGACAUUAAAGGGAUUAGCUCAGCUGACCACCAAAAACGGCUCUCAACAAAUAAAGUUAUAAUAGACGGCUUAUUUAAUAAAUAACUUUACUUCACUUAAGCUUUAUAAGGGCAAGAAGACGCCACUUGACAUGAAUAAGAGGGAUUUCUUAAGGGAACUGCCUGUUUUUAACAAGAACAACUUCAGCAGGUUUCACCCAGACUCUAAUCGUCAGCUGCCUGUCUAUCUUCCAACCCACGAAUAUCCAUCAGAUCAGAUCAUUGUCCAAGAGAAGAUAGACAUCCUCUCACGAUAUUGUCUUCGAAAGUGGAAGUUUUUCAGAAUGCAGAAUGUCAAUAGCAGGAACAGGUGCAAGGGAAGACGUGGCCUCUCGGAAAAAUUAUUUGAAGAUUAAAGAGCUGAAUAGGGAUUCUUAAAAUUGUUGUUUUUUUCACAGAAUAUCUUGCACUUGAUAUUAUCUACAUGGUAUUUCAAUAAAUGAAACAUAACGAUAAUAAUUGUCUGCUGGCUUUUACCUUGC